AUGAACGAGAGAAAACGAACUGCAAGUGAAUCUGAAGCAGUGGAGCUUAAAAAGUCGAAAAAAACACUUUUCGAAACCAUAGCAGCUCAUGGAUGCCGCACGGGUGAACGGGAUGAUAUGCAAGAUACUUUUAUUUUAUCUCCAUUAUUCUCGUUUGGAGACAUGUCGGAUUUGUCUCGCUGCUCAUUUUUUGCCAUUUUUGACGGGCAUGCUGGCUCUAAAGCUUCUGAGUUUUGUCAGAAGCAUAUGGAAACGGUAUUAAAAGAGAAGUUGUCGAAAUUUGAAGAUUUGAUGAGUGCACAGAAAGCGUUGAAAUCGACUUUUAUUGAAACGUAUAAGAAUAUCGAUGAACAAUUCUUGACGUUAGCAAAAUCAAAUAAGCCGGUUUGGAAAGAUGGUUCCACGGCAAGCACCAUGCUCAUUAUAAACAACACAAUUUUUGUGGCAAAUAUUGGAGAUAGUAAAGCGGUUGUUGCAAGACAGAAGGAUGAUGGAUCCCUGUCUCCAGUAUGUCUUACAGUUGAUCAUAACCCGAUGGCUCACGAAGAGCGCAUGAGAAUUCAGAAGACUGGAGCGAUUGUGAAAGAUGGACGUGUGAAUGGUAUAAUCGAAGUUUCAAGAUCUUUCGGAGACUUGCCGUUCAAAAACCUCGGUGUUACUUGUGUUCCUGAUAUGAAAAAAUUGACAUUAGGCCAAGGAGAUUUGUGA